AGUCCGUGGUGAUGGACGGAGCAGCAGAGGAGACCAGAGGUCAGUACCACAGUCAGACACCAGAGCCUCCAGGAUCCAGCUGUCUGUCUAUAAAGAGUGACCGGUCCAUGGACAAGCCUGCAGGGUUCAGUAACACAAGAGGUCGGUACUGCAGUCAGAGACCAGAGUCUCCAGGAUCCAGCUGUCUGUCUAUGAAGAGUGACCGGUCCAUGGACAAACCUGUAGGGUUCAGUAAAGAACCUGGAUCUUCAGACACAAAACGGAGCUCAUACCAGUCGACUUCAUCGGAAUAUCUGGGAGAUGGAAUAAGAUCCAGAGCAAGUCCUCCACAAGCAGAUGCUGGUCUGCAGCAGGUCCUAGAUGAACAUAAGACCAGUCUGAGGAGCAGAUGUGAACAUGUGACUGAAGGAACUGAUGAAACAGGAAGUAGAACCCUCCUCAACAUGAUCUACACGGAGCUCUUCAUCACAGAGGGACUGAGUGGAGAGGUUGAUACCCAACAUGAGGUGAGGCAGCUGGAGACAGCUUCCAGGAUGAAGAGCCUCCAUGACGCUCCAAUCAGGUGCCAGGACAUCUUUAAAGCCUUACCUGACCAACGUGGAGCCAUCAGAGUGGUUCUGACCAACGGCGUCGCUGGCGCUGGGAAAACCUUCUCGGUUCAGAAGUUCUCUCUGGACUGGGCCGAGGGCUCGGAGAACCAAGACGUCACCGUGGUGAUUCUGCUCUCGUUCAGGGAGCUGCACCUGAUCAGAGAUGAGCAGCUCAGUCUUCUCAGGCUGAUCCAGGUUUUCCAUCCAUCGUUACAGAAGCUCACAGCAGAGCAGCUGGCUGCCGGGAAACCGUUGUUCAUCUUUGACGGCCUGGAUGAAAGCAGACGUUCCCUGGACUUCAACAACGGUCCGGUGGUGUCUGACGUCACACAGAGCUCAUCGGUCAACGUGCUGCUGACCAACCUCAUCCAGGGGAACCUGCUUCCCUCAGCUCUCAUCUGGAUCACUUCCAGACCUGCAGCAGCCAAUCAGAUCCCUCACAAACACGUGGACAGGGUGACAGAAGUACGAGGCUUCACCGACGGCCAGAAGGAGGAAUACUUCAGGAGGAGGUUCAGGGAUGAAGAGCGGUCCAGCAGCAUCGUCUCCCACAUGAAGACAUCCAGAACCCUCCACAUCAUGUGUCAACUCCCGGUCUUCUGCUGGAUCACUGCUACAGUUCUGGACCACAUGUUGACCACAGAGCAGAGAGGAGAGCUGCCCAAGACCCUGACUGACAUGUUCUCCCACUUCCUGCUGGUCCAGACCAAGAGGAAGAAGAACAAGUACCAGGAGGGACAUGAGACGAGUCCACAGGAGCUGACGGAGGCUGACAGGGACCUUCUCCUGAAGCUGGGGAGGCUGGCGUUUCAACAUCUGGAGAAAGGAAACAUCAUGUUCUACCAAGAAGACCUGCAGCAGUGUGGUCUUGAUGUCCCAGAGGCCUCGGUGUACUCAGGAGUUUGUACCCAGAUCUUCAGGAGAGAGUGUGAGGUCUUCCAGAAACCCGUCUACUGCUUUGUUCAUCUGAGCAUCCAGGAGUUCCUGGCUGCAGUCUACGUGCUCCACUGUUGGUCCACCGGAAACACAGAUGUGCUGAAGAACUUCCUGGGAGAAGACAGAUACUCAUCUCUGGAUGACUUCCUGGAGAGAGUCAUGCAGAAAUCCCUGGAGAGUAAAAAUGGCCACCUGGACCUGUUUGUCCGCUUCCUUCAUGGUCUUUCUGUGGAGUCCAACCAGAGACUGUUAGGAGGUCUGCUGAACCAGAGGAAGAACCGUCCAGGAACCAUCCAGAGAGUCAUCAACAACCUGAAGGAGAUGAACACUGAUGAUAUCUCUCCUGACAGAAGCAUCAACAUCUUCCAGUGUCUGGUGGAGAUGAACGACCUCUCAGUUCAUCAGCAGAUCCAACAUUUCCUGAAGUCAGAGAACAGAUCAGAGGAGAAGCUCUCUGAUAUCCAGUGUUCAGCUCUGGCCUACAUGCUGCAGAUGUCAGAGGUUCUGGAUGAGUUGGACCUGAACAAGUACAAGACAACAACACCAGGGGGUCGACGGAGACUGAUUCCAGCUGUGAGGAACUGCAGAAAGGCUCGAUGUGUUGGUUGUGGACUCUCAGAGACUCACUGUGAAGUUGUUGCGUCCGCUCUGAAGUCCAACCCCUCCCAUCUGACAGAACUGGACCUGAGUCAGAACCGGGACCUGAAGGAUUCAGGAGUGAAGGUUCUGUCUGGUGGACUGGAGAGUCCAAACUGUAGACUGGAGACUCUGAGCUUGCAGCGCUGCAGUUUGUCAAAGAUCAGCUGUUCUUCUCUGGUCUCAGCUCUGAAGUCCAGCCCCUCCCAUCUGAAACAUCUGGACCUGAGUGACAACAAGAACCUGCAUGAUUCAGGAGUGAAACAUCUGUGUGGUUUCCUGGAGAGUCCAGACUGCAGACUGGAGACUCUGAGGUUGGAGGACUGCAGUCUGUCAGAGAUCAGCUGUUCUUCUCUGGUCUCAGCUCUGAAGUCCAACCCCUCCCAUCUGAAAUAUCUGGACCUGAGCUGGAACAAGAACCUGCAGGAUUCAGGAGUGAAACAUCUGUGUGGUUUCCUGGAGAGUCCAGACUGCAGACUGGAGACUCUGGGGUUGAGGAAAUGCAGGUUGUCAGAGAUCAGCUGUUCUUCUCUGGUCUCAGCUCUGAAGUCCAACCCCUCCCAUCUGAAACAUCUGUACCUGAGUGCCAACAACCUGCAGGAUUCAGGAGUGAAACAUCUGUGUGGUUUCCUGGAGAGUCCAGACUGCAGACUGGAGACUCUGGGGUUGGGGAGCUGCGAUCUGUCAGGGAUCAGCUGUUCUUCUCUGGUCUCAGCUCUGAAGUCCAACCCCUCCCAUCUGAAACAUCUGAACCUGAGAUACAACAACCUGCAGGCUGCAGAUGUGCAGCAGCUGUAUGGUCUGGUGCAGAGUCCAGACUACCAGCUGCAGACUCUCAGCUGGGACUGAUGAGAGUUAAUGGGACGGUGUUUGUGCUGAGAGGAUGAGACGUGUCCUGAUCGUCCUCAGAGUUGAAGCAGAACCAGUUUGUGUGGACAAACUCUGACUGGACCGUGAUGAUGAUGAUGAUGAUGAUGAUGAAGAUGAAGAUGUAUAUAGUUUCUGAAUUCCAGCGCUCUACAAACUUCUCAUAUAUUCAUGUAUUUCAUGUUAAGUCAAAAGGUCUUUAUUGCCAUUAUAUUAUUAUUAAAAAACAGUACAUCAAAAGGUAGCCUUUAAUUUGAACUUGAGUUUGCUCGACAUUGUUCCUCAAGGACUUUGUGUAAAGUCUGGAUGAGUUCUAGUACGGAGGUUCCUACUACUAAUGUAGUGAUGGAUAAAUGUCUACGCUGCCGCGGCGGAGCUGCUCAGCACAGCAGCCGUCUCCCCCACCGAGUCACGUGACCGCCGCUGUUUUCUUUUUAUUUACAUAUUUCCGUUUCAUUCCAAGUUUCCCUUUAUUUGUUGUUAUCGUGUUUUCAGCUUCGUCGGUUUUUUAAAGUUUCUCUCCACGUCACUGAUGAAGAGAGAGACUGAAAAGAUCUGUGGAAAUAACAGCGUUUGUUCAUGAAACACGAAACACAAAUGAACUUGACUUGGUCAAUGAAUGUUCCUCAAUUUGUUCCAGUAAAUAUUGUAAAUGUUUUCUGGAUAUUACGAUGAUUGUUAACGUUUCAAAGAAAGUCAAAAUUCUUCAGUAAAACUUGGAUCUUUUCUCUU